AUGACAGGAGACUUAUCCCAACUGGUGAAUGUCAAAGAGUUUAAUGGCGGAUAUGUCUCAUUUGCGGGAGGAGAGUCAGGCAGAAUCACGUUAAAAGGAACUGUUCGAAACGGUGUCUUAAGCUUUGAGAAUGUUAAUUAUGUUCCAGAACUGAAACACAAUCUGUUAAGUAUUUCUCAGAUUUGUGAUCGAGGGAAUUUAGUUCAUUUCACAAAGAAGGGGUGUCAUGUUCUUAAACCUGGGAUUGUUAUUCCAGAAGACUGGUUCUUGAUGACAGCUGAGAGAAAGGGAAAUGCAUAUGUUAUUGAUAUGAACAAGAAACCGUGUGAAGAGAUCACUUGUCUAUUUUCAAAGAUUUCGGAGCAUGAUGGUCUGUUGUGGCAUCGUCGUCUUGGGCAUGUGAACAUGAAAAACUUAAACCGUCUAGCUAAAGGUCAACUGGUACGUGAUCUUCCAAUCAAGGAUUUCAUGUCGGUAGAGAAAUGUGUUGCUUGUGCGAAAGGGAAAGCUCAUCGAAAACCUCAUAAGGCUAAACCAGCUCCUUCGACAAAAGCUGUACUUGAGCUACUUCACAUGGAUCUUUUUGGCCCAGUGAAUGUGCUGAGUAUUGGGAAGAAAGCUUAUUGUCUGGUAAUAGUCGAUGAUUACUCUCGCUACACCUGGGUGUACUUUCUCAGUCAUAAAAAUGAAACUGCUGUCUUGGUGAAACAAUUUAUCACUUUGGCUGAAAAUCAAGCGAGUGCUAAGGUGAAGGUCAUUCGAUUAGACAAUGGGACAGAAUUCAAGAACAUUACUUUGGAUACAUUCUACAUUGAUAAGGGAAUUGAUCGUCAGUUCAGUGCGCCUCAAACUCCUCAACAAAAUGGAGUAGCUGAAAGAAGGAAUCGUACUCUCAUCGAGGCUGCGCGAACUAUGCUGGCUGAUUCGAAGCUUCCUAGCUUCUUUUGGGCCGAGGCUGUUAGCACGGCUUGUUACAUCCAGAAUCACGCUUUAGUAAACAAACGUCAUAUGAAAACACCUUAUGAGAUUCUGGAGGGACGUGCAGGUAUGUCUAUUCCCAAACAACCAUUGUCAUUUGAAGACACUGAAGACGAAGAACAGAUGCAAGAAAGCGUGAGGCAUCAUACCAUUGAUCCACCGGGAAUGUUGUUUACACAGCAUCCUACGCCUCCGCCGAUGUUCUAUCGAUCCCCUGAAGGUGCCUCAACUGGUGGUUAUGCAUCAAGCAGUUCUGACUCUGCAUUGUUUCCUGAACCAAUUCCUGAGGAUUGCAUUGUCACCACUCCUUUAGCUCAUAGUACUGCAGCACCUAAUGAGGGGGAGUCUAGCAACACCACCACUGAAGAGGAGAUCGUACCUGACUUGGCAAUACCUACGAGUGUACAACGCAAUCACCCAAUAGAGAAUGUGAUUGGUCCUGGAUUUAGACAAAUAGAAGGUCUGGACUAUGAUGAAGUAUAUGCUCCGGUUGCACGACUUGAAGCCAUUCGGAUCUUCUUAGCUUACGCGUCGUACAUGGGGUUCACUGUUUAUCAGAUGGACGUCAAGACUGCGUUUCUCUUUGGAGAUGUGAAGGAAGAAAUCUUUGUUGAGCAGCCCCCAGGGUUUGUGCAUCCAGACCAUCCAGAGUAUGCUUACAAGCUAGACAAGGCGCUGUACGGUUUACACCAAGCUCCACGGGCUUGGUAUGCCACAUUGACUGAACAUCUUUUGGCUCAUGGGUACACACGUGGCACAAUAGAUCAGACUUUGUUUAUCAAGAAAGUGGGCAAGGAUCAAAUCUUAGUUCAGAUUUAUGUCGAUGAUAUUAUCUUCGGGUCUACGAUCAAGCAGAGUUCUCAAGGGAUUCUUAUUCAUCAAGGGAAGUAUGUGGAUGACGUGCUGGCGAAAUUCAAGUUUACGGAUGCAAAGCCUGCUGAAACACCAAUGGCAGAGAGACCGCUAUUGACUGAAGAUGAAGAAGGAGAUUCUGUAGAUCAACGUCAGUAUAGGUCUAUGAUCGGGUCGUUGAUGUAUCUCACAGCAAGUCGUCCGGAUAUUAUGUUUGCUGUCUGCAACUGUGCACGAUAUCAGGCUAAUCCUAAAACUUCUCAUCUUAUUGCUGUUAAAAGAAUCUUUCGGGGGAGAAAAAAAAAGGGUGUUGCAAUGACUGGGAAAUGA